AUUAUUUGUUUUGCUACGUAAUAUUUCAAAUAUUUGUAUUUAUUAGUUAUUAUAAGUAGGUACUUAUAUAAUUUUAGGGGCUAAUGGACGAUUGAGAAUGUUAUACCUUUUUGACCGAACUAUUGAGAAACACUUAAAAUUAGGGAAGAUUGUAAAAUCCUACCGAAAAAAUAAAUAUUUUUAAAAUCGUCAAUCAUAUCAUACCUUAUCAGCUUUGCCACAUAUUGUGGAUCUAAUAAUUGGAAAUAUCAAAUAGAAAUAUUAUAAAUUGUGUUAAGUACACGUCUUAGACUUAGAGUCUUAUACACUAAAUGGCUCAAUUUAUCGAAUCAAAUCGUGGAAAUAUACUUUUAGUAUUAGACAAUUUUAAAUUUUUUAAAGUAAAUAGACCUUUGGCUUCUGGGUUAAAAAAAUGGCGAUGUAUAAUCAAAACUUACAAAGCUUUUGUGAAAACCUUUGGUGAACCUACGAACAUCGCUGAACAAAAUGUUGAUAAUGAUAAACAUAGUGGAAAUAGUGAUCAAAAUAUACAACGGCAAAUUGUAUCAGUAUCGACAAAACGUAAAACUGUUGAAGAUAAUAAUGAGAAACCUAGUAAAAUAGUGUGUACUGUUAUUAAAAGCAUUCCUCGAUCUGAAGCGUUGCAAGUAAGUGACUUGCAUAAUAUUAAGCGAAAUAUUAAGAAUUGGGUAACAUUGGUAACAAAGAACUUACCGCUGACCCAAAAACCCCCAAAACUAAUACGAUUGAAAACGAAUUUACGUGCAAUGUAG